AUGCUUGAUAGAAAAUAUAUUUGUCCUGUAUGUUCAUUGAUAUUACGAGAGCCUGUACAAUUGACUGAAUGUGGUAGUCGACUAUGUCAAACAUGUUUAAAUGCUGAACAAGAACAAAUGAAUAUUGAUCUUCCUCGAACAACAACUGCAGGAGCCUGUAUUCCUGCUACAGCUCAAUUUGAAGAAGUUCAUGAAAUGUUGAAUAUCUUGGCAGGUGGCAUCGAAGCAUUGGUCAAUAAUGAACAACGUCUAAGUAAUGAACCACUCUAA